AUGUCCCCUCCAACAACGGCAGCAGCAGCGGGCAUCGAUAACACGACGAGAAAAAAAUGGGACAAAUCCGAAUACGCCGCGAAAGCGUUGCAACGCGUCGAGGAGGAAGACAAGAAAAAACCGAAAGCGUCGGAUUUUGGUUUAGUCGUGAAACAACCACUGACGAGAGAGAACAUGAUCAAGAGAGAUUUUAAGAAAGAUUUAGAGAGUAAAGUAGGGACGGUGACGUUGGUAAAUCCAAACACCGGGGAAGGAUCCGGGUUUCGAUGUAAAGAAACCGGAGUGAUUUUACACGAUUCGUUGAGUUAUUUAGACCACAUCAACUCGAAGAAAACGCAACGCGAACGAGGGAUAUCGAUACACGCGGAACGGUCGACGGUGGAGCAAGUGAGGAACAGAUUUGCGGUGCAUAAAAAGAGGAAAGAAAUAAUCAAGAGAGGGGAAAAUCCAGACGAAGGCAUCGAUACUGAAACAGAUUUAGUGAAAAGGAUCGAACACGCGACGAAUAAAGAACGCGAAGAAGCCGAGGCGAAGCGAGAGAGGAAACGGUUGAAGAAAGAGGCGAAGAAAAUGGGGAAGACAAAGGAGGAGGUGGAGAAGACCGUAGAAGAGGAAGAGAUGAUGAAAGCGAUGGGAUUCAGCGGAUUCGGAGGAGGAUAA